AACAACCAUGCCCCCAGACCGCCAGCCCGCCCCGAAACGCCGCCAACUCCCCUUCAAACCCCCUAGCCGCCAACAAUCCGCCACAGCCGGCCCCUCAACAGCAUCCAAACCGAACGCGAAAGGCAAAACCAAAGCCAAAGCCCCCGCAAAAGCUUCCUCAUCCAAAACACGCCGCUCGGAACCCCCCGCCCCAGCUUCAGCUUCAACCUCAGCGUCAAACUCCGACUCCGGCUCCGGCUCCGGCUCCGAAUCUGAUAGUCGCUCGCGCUCCCCCUCCGAAGAACCAGAGUACAUCCUCGCGGAGAUCACCAACGCGCGGGCUCACGAACCCGACGUUCUCUCCAGCGACCCGGCUAUUCCACCGAAGCUGCUGACGAAAUUGGUACAUCAUCAUUUCAAGAAUGAGAAGACGAAGCUAGCGAAGGAUGCAAAUGGGGUUGUGGCGAAGUAUGUGGAUGUUUUUGUGAGGGAGGCGUUGGCGAGGGCGGCGUUCGAGAGGGCGGAGGGGAAUGCGG